GUGACGUUAUGCUUCUCUAAAUAGAUCGUAUUGUAAUCUUUUCUCAGUCCAACGUGGUUUCUCCUCCGAGGCUGCUUCAUAUUUUCUACACUUGUUUGGUGAGUUGAAACCAUCGCCGGCAGCCGAUCAUGCAGAGGACCAUGCAUGCGCCUCUGCAGUUUUAUGAGAAGUCGGCCAGAGUGAUGAACUCGGACCAGGAAAGGCCAUUCAUGUGCAAUGCUCCUGGCUGUUCUCAGCGAUUCCCCACGGAGGACCAUUUGAUGAUACACCGACACAAACAUGAGAUGACCCUUAAGUUCCCCUCCAUAAAGAACGACAACAUGUUAUCAGACCAGACGCCGACACCGACGCGUUUCUUGAAGAACUGUGAGGAGGUGGGAUUGUUCAGUGAACUGGACUGCUCCAUCGAGCAGGAGUUCUGCAAGGCCCAGGAAGAAGAGGACAGCAAACAGAACAUCUCACUGCACGGCCAGGGAGGCCAAGGCCAGCACCAGCAGUCCCACUCGCGGAUGGGCAACCAUGACAACAGCAUAGUGAUCCAACAGGCCCUGCCCUCCCCUCAGUCCAGCUCCGUCAUCACUCAGGCUCCAUCGACGAAUAGACAGAUCGGGCCUGUUCCCGGGUCUCUGUCCUCACUGCUGCAUCUACGAAACCGACCGAGACAGCCUCUGCCUGCCUCCAUGCCUGGAACGCUGCCAGACCCGACCAUGCCUGGCUCCUCCGCCGUGCUGAUGCCUAUGGAGAGACAAAUGUCCAUGGGCUCCAAUAUGAUGGGCAUGCAAGGACCCGCCCACAACAACUCCUGCUCUUCCACUCACAUUCCCUCCAUGCACUCAGAAGCCAAACUGAGGCUGAAGGCUGCACUUUCUCACCACCCCGGCACCAUCGCCAACGGCAACAUGAACUCCAUGGGCCACAUGAUGGAGAUGAUGUCAUCACGGCAGGAGCAAAGCGCCCACCACCACAUGCACUCGCACCCGCACCAGCACCUGCAGGCUCCUCCCCACGCGUACCAGCACCACGGCCACCACCACCACAACAACCAGGGCCACGGCCAGGGCCAGGGCGGACACCACCACCCGCAGGGACACAACCCGCAUCACAACUCCCACAAUCCCCACCUCCAUCCCGGUCACCCACACCAGACCUCACCGCACCCCACAAUGCACUCUGCUUCACAGAUGUCACCUGCGACCCAGCAGAUGCAGCCCUCGCAGACGCUGCAGUCCCCGCCCCCCAGCGGCGGGCGGCGCAGGCGGGUCAUGGACGAGGACCCGGACGAACGUCGGCGGAAAUUUCUAGAGAGGAACCGAGCGGCGGCCACGAGAUGCAGACAGAAGAGAAAAGUGUGGGUGGUGUCGUUGGAGAAGAAAGCUGAAGAGCUCACUCAGACCAACAUGCAGCUUCAGAACGAAGUGACGAUGCUAAAGAGCGAGGUGACCCAACUCAAGCAGCUUCUCCUCACACACAAGGACUGUCACAUCACCACUAUGCAGAAAGAUCCCCAAGGUUACCUCAGUCCAGAGAGCAGUCCAGCGGGGAGUCCAGCGCCAGUGUGCUCGCAGCAGCAGGUCAUUCAGCACAACACCAUCACCACCUCCACCACGACUGUAGGGGGCAGCGGUGUGCACGGGCAAGCCAACCACCGCACAGACAUUAACCCUAUCCACUAG